CAUCGAUACUAAACCUCGUGGCGUGUGACCAUAUUAUCAAAAUAUCAUUCUAAAGAAUCUAGAUCAUUUUGACUCUUAUUAUAUUUAUUUCCUUGUUCAACUUUUGUUCUCUUGUCUUUGAUAUUUUCCUUCCAUUACUUAUCCCAUAGUGGAAGCGUUCAAUUCACAACACUUCAAUUACAAUCUUCCAAUUUCCAACAUCACCAAUCAUAUAUAAAUUAAUUAAUACAUACUAGUAUCCACUUCUUCAUAUACAUAAACAUUCAUUCAUCUCUAUAAUCACAAACCAUGGCGGUCCAAAAAAUUCUAAUCACACCAAUUUUGAUUUUUCUAAUAACCCAUUUCGCUAAAUCAUCAUCUUUUGAAAACCAAUAUUUAAACCGUGGUGUUAGAUCAGCAUAUUGGCCUUCAGGUGAUGAUUUAUCACCUUCUUCAAUUAACACAAGUUACUUCACUCACAUCUUAUACGCUUUCAUUCAACCCGAACCAAUUUCCUACAACCUUAAAAUCACCAAAUCCGACAAAAAAUAUGUCUCACAAUUCAUCAAAGGGCUCCGCUAUCGUAACCCGCGGGUGAAAACUCUUUUAUCAAUUGGAGGAGGUGGCAGCAAUUCAACACUCUUUUCCGAAAUCGCAAGCCAAAAACAAAACCGAGAAAUCUUCAUAAAUUCAACAAUCCACGUGGCACGAAAAUAUAGGUUCGAUGGUGUUGACUUGGAUUGGGAGUUUCCAAAAGAUGAAAAAGACAUGUUUAACCUUGGUUUGUUAUACGAGGAAUGGUAUAAUGCUUUGGUUGCCGAAGCUAAGGUUCGGAGAAAAUCCCGUUUACUUUUAACUUCCGCUGUUUACUAUAAUUCCACAAUAAGGCUUAUCGGUAAUGGGCCGAGAUCAUAUCCGGCCCAAGAAAUUAAAAAAUAUUUGGAUUGGGCUAGCCCAAUGUGUUUCGAUUAUCACGGUGCAUGGGCUAAUAACACAGGCUUCAACGCUGCUUUAUAUGACCCACAAUCUGAAAUUAAUACGCAUUUCGGAAUCGGGUCAUGGAUCAAAUGGGGUGUGCCGCCCGAAAAAUUGGUUAUGGGUUUGGCUUUAUAUGGAAGAACAUGGGAGUUAAAGGACCCAAAUGUUAAUGGGGUUGGAGCUGAAGCGGUGGGGCCCGCAACUGAUACAGAUGGUAGCAUGAACUAUGAUGAAAUCUUGAAGUUUAAUAAAGAGAAUGGUGCUAAUGUUGUGUAUGAUGAGGUUGCUGUUUCUUUUUAUUCUUAUGCGGGUAUUACUUGGAUUGGGUAUGAUGAUGGACCAUCAAUAACGACUAAGGUUGGGUUUGCUAAGUCAUUGGGCUUGCAGGGCUAUUUCUUUUGGGCUCUUGGGAAGGAUAAGGAUUGGAGUGUCACAAGUCAAGCUUCAAAUGCAUGGGGACAAUGACGGCUAUACAUAUCAGAGUUUAAUUUCAUGACCUUUAUAUUUUGUUGGUAGUCACCUAGACCUUUAUAAUUGAUACUAAGUGAUUGUUGUAUUUGAAUCUUUUCAAGGAAGACAGUAUAAUAACUGAAUUGGGUAACACCGUAUUGAAUAGUAUCUAUUAGUUACAUAUAUAUCUAAUUAUAUAUUGAAUAGUAUUAAUUAACAUAUUCUGAUUAUUUUA